AAAUCCCACACUCCCUCUUUCCUUCCACACACAACAUAUCUUCUCUUGUUCUUCCUCUUGUGAGAAAACAAAACACACUGAGAGACAAACAAGGUUUCUCUCUUUUGAGGAAAUUUCUUCACUAUGGAGGCACCAUCUCCAACCAAACCCAUUGACCCAACAAAGCCUUCCAUCACCACCCUCAGUGUGGAGGCCAGCCAGGCUGAGCCGAGCCCACUCCGAAAAAUGUUUGCUGUGGCGUCCAUAGCCGCGGGCAUACAGUUCGGGUGGGCUCUUCAGCUUUCUCUGCUCACCCCUUACGUUCAGCUCUUAGGAGUUCCACACGCCGCAGCCUCCUUCAUCUGGCUCUGCGGUCCCAUCUCCGGACUUGUGGUGCAGCCCAUUGUGGGCUACUACAGCGACAAAAGCACUUCUCGCUUCGGUCGCAGACGCCCCUUUAUUCUCGGAGGUGCAGUGGCUGUCGCCAUAGCUGUAUUUCUUAUCGGUUAUGCAGCCGAUAUAGGGUACUCAGCUGGCGACGACAUAACCAAAAAAACCCGUCCUCGGGCCGUUGGGGUGUUCGUCAUAGGAUUUUGGAUCCUAGAUGUUGCAAACAACAUGUUACAAGGUCCUUGCCGUGCCUUUCUGGCUGACUUAGCGGCUGGGGACCAGAGAAAAACCAGAAUAGCAAAUGGGUUUUUCUCGUUCUUCAUGGCCGUCGGCAACGUGUUGGGAUACGCAGCGGGGUCUUAUAGUUCUCUGCACAAGAUUUUUCCCUUCACGCAGACCAAGGCGUGCGAUGUUUUCUGCGCCAAUCUGAAAAGCUGUUUCUUUUUCUCGAUCUUGUUGCUGCUGUUCUUGGCCACGGUAGCUCUCAUUUACGUAAAGGACAAGCCCGUACCGCCACGGGCGGUGCAAGAGGACGUGCAGCCCUCGUGUUUCUUUCAGCUCUUCGGGGCGUUGAAGGAGCUGAAAAGACCCAUGUGGAUGCUCAUGUUGGUUACAGCUAUCAACUGGGUCGGGUGGUUCCCCUACUUCCUGUUCGACACUGACUGGAUGGGUCGCGAGGUGUACGGUGGAACGGCUGGAGAGGACGCGUACGCGAAGGGGGUGCGCGUGGGGUCUCUGGGACUCAUGGUAAACGCCGUCGUUUUGGGGUUCAUGUCGCUGGCGGUUGAACCGUUGGGGCGCAUGGUUGGGGGAGUGAAGAGGCUGUGGGGCAUCGUGAACUUCAUUCUCGCGAUUGGGUUCGGGAUGACCAUCGUCAUAACCAAGGUGGCGGAGCACGAGCGCCACAUGAACCCCGCCGCAGUGGGCCACCCCUCCACCGGCGUCACAGUUGGGUCCAUGGUUUUCUUCGCCGUUCUCGGAGUACCCCUUGCGAUUACUUUCAGUGUUCCUUUUGCUCUUGCAUCUAUAUACUCCAGUGCUUCAGGAGCAGGGCAAGGUUUAUCAUUGGGAGUCCUGAAUCUUGCAAUUGUGGUACCACAGAUGGUGGUGUCUGCAUUGAGUGGUCCUUGGGAUGCUUUGUUUGGUGGUGGCAACUUGCCGGCUUUCAUGGUGGGGGCGGCGGCGGCGGCGCUGAGCGCCAUAAUGGCGAUUGUGUUGCUGCCAACUCCAAAACCAGCUGAUGAGGCGAAGGCCGCAAGCAUGGUUGGAGGGGGCUUUCACUAGCUGAUGGAGUUUUUCAUGUUUCAGUUUUGUCCCCUGCUUUGUUAGGAAAAAAGAAGACCAAAAAGAAAGUAAUAAUAAUAAUAAGAAGGAAAAAUUUGAGCUGGUGUGUAAUUAAUUAUGUAUUAGACCCACCAAGUGCUACUACAUUUGUUGUUUUUGUAGCACCCACUGAACAUAGUAAUUGUAGAGUUUGGUGUGAUUGUACAGAAUUGCAGUGCUUGGAGAGGACCUUCCUAAUCUUAUAAACAUACUCUGCUAAGUUAAGUGUUCAGAGGAAUGUGGUGACUCAAGAGUCAAAGUCCAACACUUCAUAUCCAUCAAUAAUAUUAAUAGUAACAAUAAAGGAAAUGCAAUGCUCUUUUUCUUUCUUCUUCUUCUUCUUUUGUAUAAGAAA